ACCAUGAGCCACUGCUCCUCCUCCUCCUCCUCUUCUUCCACAUCACUGACGACUGCUCUGUGAAAGUUAGACUGACAGAAAAGUGCUUCUCUAUAAACUGUGAGACCUGUGACGUGUGAAAGCAUGUUCAUCACAGGAACACGUACAUGGACAGAUCAGUCAAACUCGUCCUGUACUGUUUCCUCCUGGCUCUUAUCAUAUACUUCUUCCAUGGACGCAAAGCAGCCGUCAGCGUCACGCCACCUCGUCCUGUCUUUCACGCGGAGAGCCGACUAAUGACAAGCAUGACGCUCGUCAAAGCAACAGGGCCACAAACACCGAUGGAGACACCGUGGCGGGCUCCUUUAGUGUGGGGUGACAGCCACAGCUCAGCCCGGCACAGAGAGAAAUUCGCUCAGCGUGGAAUCCACACGGGUGUGGUGACCCUCGUCGUGGGGAAAUAUAAACGCUUCAUCCACCAAUUCCUCUCGUCGGCUGAAAUCUACUUCCUCCCCGGUCAGAGGGUCACCUAUUACAUUCUCACAGACAGCCCUCAUUCUCUGGAUCCCCCCAUGGAGUUGGGGCCCAAGCGGCACGUGAAGGUGGUUCCGGUUGCCGAGCUGCCUGGGUGGAACAGGCUGGCCUAUCGCCGCAUGGCCCUGAUUGCCGACGCCAUCAGAGAUCCAAUCAGCGGCGAGGUGGAAUACCUCUUCUGUGCUGACAUUGACCAGGAGUUUGUCGCCCCCGUGGGAGAGGAGAUCCUUGGUAACCUGGUGGCCACGCUGCACCCAGAGCUUUAUGGGAUGCCACGAAAUGCAUUUCCAUAUGAGGUUGAAGAAGUCUCCUCUGCUUGUGUGGACGAGGAUGAAGGAGACUAUUACUACACCUCAGAGUUUUAUGGCGGCUUGGUUUCUGAGAUGUACAGAAUGGCUCGCGCCUGUUCCAUGCUUAUCCUGCAGGACCAGGCCAGUGGGGUGCUGGCAAGGGGCCUCGAGGAGAGCUAUUUGAACCGCUACCUGAUUGACCACAGGCCAACAUGCGUGCUGUCACCAGAGUACAGCUGGUGGGAUUCGGCCCUGGCUGCUGAUGUGCCGGUACAGAGGCUGGUGUCCCUGGGAAGACAGUGUGAAUCUUAUGAUCAGGAGAUGAGAAAGAAGCACAAAUGUUGAAAUGAAUGUAAAAGACGAUGGGUGGAUUUUGCUGGCUCAAUCCAUCACAUACUGGACUACUGUUAUGACUGUUUUGUUUCUUGUAGACCUCGUUCAGACCUGGUAUUGACAUCUGUCCCGCGUGAUCUGAUCAUGUCCAGAUCACGCUAAAGGUCUGAACACUCCCGAUCCGUCCUGAACGCAUCAUCAGACAUGAUCUCAAACAAAAGACUCCAUUUUGGCCAACUUUAGACUCUCCUAAAAAGCAGAUCCAAGCACAAACAGGUUUUACACAAUGACGACAGAGAAUUUACAUCUCGUAGCUUUUGUAUACACCAAAGAGCAUCUCUCCUGGGCAGAAACUUAUCAGACGCCAUUACUAGAUAACCAUCGCUACUAGAAUUCUACAACCAGCCGUUGUUGUUCGGAGCCGUGAGGGAGAGAGAGAAGAGAGAGACAGACACAGCGUUGCCUCGAGCUACGCGAGAUGUCAUUGUGGCGAGUAUCGUGUCGUUUCAAACCAGUUUGACGUGCGCAAAUGUGCCGUAAUGAAGUUUGUGGACAUGCUCUAUAAAGACUCAGUCGUCACCUGCUUCCCCCUGCUGUGGAGAAGCUGUUUGCUACACCAAGAGCAUGUCCCGGGAAUGACCAGAGUAAGAUGACUGAACAGCCCAGGUUAUACUGGCAUAACACAGCUAGUUUAUUAGAGUAAUUCAUUCAUUUCCGUUCAUUACUUUGAAUGAUCUAUGUUUAACAUUGUUGACGAUUGACGACCUCGUGGAAAUGGGCGGUGACUGCACCCUCUCCAGACCCAUACUCAGUCUUAUUGAGACUUUAGUCAGCCUAGGUCUGAGGACACGUGGCCACAUUCUUGAACAUGCACAAACACAAUUUGUUGUCAGGAUGGAUUGGAAGCCACGUCCUCAGCUGACGUCAACAACACACUGUAGUACCUAUGACAGGACUGUAGCUGCGCUGUAGCGUUGCACCGAAAAAACAGAGAAGAAGACGUUGUAAACAUUAGAUUGAGGGUGUCCAAACUACAGCCUGUGGGCCAAUCACGGCCCUCGGUAAGAUGUUGUCGGUUUUAUAAUGCAUUAUUUAUGGCCAGGGAUGGACUCGGAUAAAAAAUUGGCAUUCGUCGCGCGUCACCCCCAUUAGCUCAGCUGGUAAGGAGUUGCAGUUCAAGUUUUCGGGCCACGUUGAGAAAAAAAAAAUUCAGACUUUGAGAAUAAAGUCGUAAAUG